AUGCUCCGGGACAAGGAAAUCGCAGGGAUGUGGGAUGUGUAUGUUGUUUUCAUCUCGAACGCAAAUCAGUCGGUCGCGUUGUGGUCACAGAAGGCCGCUCGUGCGAGAGGAAAUGCAGUUAUCUGGGACUAUCAUGUCAUUCUUCUACUUCGUCCUCGACAACAGGACGAUGGAAGCCUCGCCUCACGGCCAGGUAAACUACGGAGUUGGGUGUAUGAUUUUGACACCACUCUGCCAAUUCCGUGUCCAUGGGAAGACUACUUGGAUUCGACCUUCUUUCGAGGUAUCACACCCGAAUACGAGAGCCAAUUUCGUGUAGUACCUGGGCCACCGUUUCUCGAGAAUUUCGCGAGUGAUAGGUCUCACAUGGUUGUGCACCCAGAAGGUAAUAUCCAAGCCAAAGAUUCCGAAACAGCUGAAGGGGUAAUGGAGGAGCCCAUAUACUACCAUCCUCCGCCAGAUUAUCCCGCCAUUUGUGGGGCUGGGGCACUGAAGAGCGGAAUGAAGAACAAUCUGAUGUCGCAUUUCGUGUCAAUGAGCGUAAAGUCGGACGAAGCUGCGUGUAACACAAGUUGGGGAAAAGUGUUGGACAGGAAUGGGGUGAACACAUUUUUUGAAAAUGAAUAG